AUGGGGAGCCAUGGAAGUUGCAGUACAGCACUUUCAAGUCAGUCCAGUCGUAUUUCAUCUGUCGUCAAACAAUGUGAGAGUUUAAUAAGAGCAACAGGAAAAGUUCUAGAAGGAAAGAACACUUCCAACUUCCAUUGUUCUGCAAAGACUCCCUCCCAAGUAUUUUUUCCCCCUGCAGUGACUGAGUGGGCGUCAGAUGAUUGGAACAAGAGAAAAGAGGUGACAUUGAAGGUGCACAUCAGUGACGCCAGCACUCACCAGCCCAUUGCGGAUGCGCUCAUUGAGAUCUUCAGCAACCAGGUCCCCAUCGCCUCUGGUACCUCGGGGACAGAUGGUGUCGCCUUCGUCAAGUUCCAGUACAGACUGGGCAGUCAGCUCAUUGUCACCGCUACCAAGCAUGCCUAUGUGCCAAACUCUGCCCCGUGGAAGCCAAUUCGAUUACCUGUAUUUUCUUCGCUGAGUCUUGGCCUGCUUCCAGAACGGUCUGCUACUCUAAUGGUAUAUGAAGAUAUUGUCCAAAUAGUGUCAGGAUUCCAAGGUGCCCGGCCACAGCCUCGAGUUCAUUUCCAAAGAAGGGCUCUGCGGUUGCCUGAGAAUACCAGCUACAGCGAUCUGACUGCCUUUCUCACGGCCGCCAGCUCUCCCUCCGAGGUGGACAGUUUUCCUUAUUUGCGAGGAUUAGACGGAAAUGGAACAGGAAACAGCACCAGGUAUGACCUGACUCCAGUCACGGCCGUCAGCGUCCACUUGCUCAGCAGUAAUGGAACGCCAGUCCUGGUGGAUGGCCCCAUCUAUGUCACUGUGCCCCUAGCCACCCAGAGCAGCCUGAGGCACAAUGCCUAUGUUGCGGCAUGGCGGUUUGACCAGAAGCUGGGAACGUGGCUGAAGAGUGGUCUGGGCCUCGUGCACCAGGAAGGCAGCCAGCUGACGUGGACGUACAUCGCCCCCCAGCUGGGGUACUGGGUGGCAGCCAUGUCUCCCCCUGUCCCAGGUCCCGUUGUAACACAGGACAUUACCACGUAUCACACGGUGUUUCUUUUGGCCAUUUUAGGAGGAAUGGCUUUCAUACUUUUGGUUUUGCUGUGUCUUCUUUUAUAUUAUUGCAGGAGGAAGUGCUUGAAGCCUCGUCAACACCAUAGAAAACUGCAACUUCCUGCAGCUUUGGAGAGUUCCAAAAGAGAUCAGUCAACUUCCAUGUCACACAUCAACUUGCUGUUUUCUCGCCGGGCGUCCGAAUUCCCUGGCCCGCUGUCUGUCGCCAGCCACGGCCGCCCAGAGGCUCCAGGCACAAAGGAGUUGAUGAGUGGAGUCCAUUUAGAAAUGAUGUCUCCCAGCGGAGACGGGGAUCUCCACACGCCCAUGCUGAAGCUCUCCUACAGCACCUCGCAGGAAUUUAGCUCUCGGGAGGAACUCCUCUCCCAUAAAGAAGAGGACAAAAGCCAAAUCUCCUUUGAUAACCUGACUCCAAGUGGGACGCUGGGGAAAGACUACCGUAAAUCUGCAGAGAUUUUUCCCUUAAAGGCAAGAAAGCCUAUGGAAAGAGAAGGCUAUGAGUCCCCCGGCAACGAUGACUACAGGGGGAGUUACAACGCCAUGCUUUCCCAGCCUUUGUUUGAAAAGCAGGACCGAGAAGGUCCAGCAUCCGCAGGAAGUAAACUCACCAUUCAGGAACACAUGUACCCCGCGCCUUCAUCUCCUGAAAAAGACCAACUGCUGGACCGCAGACCUGCUGAAUGUAUGAUGUCGCGAUCGGUAGAUCACCUCGAGAGACCUACAUCCUUCCCGCGGCCGGGCCAGCUGAUCUGCUGCAGUUCUGUCGAUCAGGUCAAUGACAGCGUUUACAGAAAGGUGCUCCCUGCCUUGGUCAUCCCUGCUCAUUACAUGAAACUCCCAGGGGACCACUCCUAUGUCAGCCAGCCUCUGGUCGUCCCAGCUGACCAACAGCUGGAGAUAGAGAGGCUGCAGGCUGAGCUGGCCAAACCCCAUGCAGGCAUCUUCCCCCACCCGGCCUCACAGGUGCAGAACCAGCCCUUGUCCUCCCAGGCCAUCUCGCAGCAGCACUUGCAGGAGGCGGGCACCCGGGAGUGGAGCCCUCAGAAUGCAGCCAUGUCCGAGUCUCUCUCUAUCCCAGCGUCCCUGAACGAUGCAGCUUUGGCGCAAAUGAACAGCGAGGUGCAGCUCCUGACCGAAAAGGCACUGAUGGAGCUAGGGGGUGGGAAGCCACUUCCACAUCCACGGGCCUGGUUCGUCUCCCUGGAUGGAAGGUCCAAUGCUCACGUGAGACAUUCCUACAUCGAUCUCCAAAGAGCUGGAAGGAACGGAAGUAACGACGCCAGUUUGGACUCUGGUGUGGAUAUGAACGAACCAAAAUCUGCCCGAAAGGGAAGAGGAGAGCCUUUAUCUCUCCAACAGAACCAUCCACCUGUCCAGGAGCACCAGCAGAAGGAGCCCAGAGCCUCAGACAGCACUGCCUACACGCAGCUGGUGUACCUCGACGACAUGGACCAGAGCGGCAGUGAGUGCGGGACCACGGUGUGCACCCCUGAGGACAGUGCCCUGCGGUGCUUGUUGGAAGGCUCCAGCCGGCGAAGUGGCAGCCAGCUGCCCAGCCUGCAGGAGGAGACGACCAGACGAACUUCAGAUGUCCCCCCAGAGCCAUUGGCCAGUCCCCACCAGAGAAGAUCUGCUCACGAGGAAGACGAAGAUGACGAUGAUGAUGAUGACCAAGGAGAAGAUAAGAAAAGCCCCUGGCAGAAACGGGAGGAGAGACCCCUGAUGGCAUUUAACAUUAAAUGAGCUACCGCAGAGGCACCCAAUCAUGGAAUAUACAAUUGCCAAAUAUCCCUUCUCGUGGAAGCAUCUCCCUAUCUAUGGCGGAGGUUGAACCACGGCAAUGGGGGGACAGGGACGUCAACGGCAGUACUGCUUGCUGUGUACAUGGUAGAAAGGAAGACAAGUUCUUACGCAGAAGAAAGGAUGACUUUGCUGGAUGCCGCACCUCCAGGGACGUGGCCACAGGAGCAUCUGAGUGUCCUUCCACGGACUUGAUAUGUCCACUCCAGGGACGCUGAAAAGCCACACGUGAUGUUGCCACACCCUAACGAUCACCUCAGUUUUCCCUCAGAUUCUGGGAACAGAUGAAACUCUUUUUGCAUUGCUUGAAUCAAUUUUCCCGUGAUAAUGCUACUGUGAAGCUCUGAGAAAUUCGGUUGGCCCUGUGUGUCCAAGGUAUGCAUUAUCUCUUAAGGAAAGCUAUGCAUCGCUGCUUCGUGGUCUUAUUUUGAUAAAAUUUUGCUUUGAUUGGGUUUCAUUUGGGGGGGGUGCUUUUUUUUUCUUUUUUCCUUAAAAAAACAAUAUUCCAUUUGGUUGUAAAGAUUUUUUUCCCCUGCAUUUUGAUCUGUUCUACUUUUUAGCGGUUUCUUUUAGUGUCUCUCUUCUGGAACUCCUCCUGAGUGUCAUCUCUUAAUAUCCAAGCCUUUAUAAUGAAAUCGUACUGGAAUUUUUAUCAACUAAGAGUCCUUCAAUCCUGGUCCCAUUAACUCCAAGUGCCUUUUUUACAGUGACAACAGACAGUCCCUCGCUUUUUUGUUUUUCUUAACUCUUUUAAUUAAACUGCCUGGAUUUUAUAAUGUUAUUAAAUGAUGCCCCUUUUCUUUAAACUGCAUGCUGCCAAGUGCCAUUCGUGCUCCGCAUCCUCAUUUCCACGCAGUGCACUCUCUAGUUAUUAUGUGUGAUGUGGAUUCUGUUUAGCUAAGAUAGACUAGAGGACACUUUAGAGAUGCCCUCCCCUACUCCAUCCCUGUGGGCCAUGAGCCUCCAUUAUGGUUUUAGUGGCUGUUUGUAUAUAUACGGUUACGUAUUAACUCGGGAAUCCUAUGGGCUAAUCUUGCUCACCCAGCGUGGGAGUAUGGACUGAGCAAGUGGACUGAAUGUGACUAUUAAAAAAUCUUAUGUACUAUCCAAAAGUGCCAGAAUGACUCUUCUGUGCAUUCUCCUUAAAGAGCUGCUUGGUUAUCCAAAAAUGAAAAAUUCAAAAUAAACUCUGAAGAAU